ACACAUCGGGUUGGGUUUGUUCCUAAAUGUCAUUGUGUUAAUUUCGUUUUAACCGUGGGGUUAGGGACGACGGCGAAUUUCUCCUCUAAUAAAUAUAUAAUCAGCAAAUUGAACAAGAUAAGUAAUAACUCAUUAAACGUUAAAAAUGUUGGCGCUAAUGAAUCGCAUAUUGGAUUGGUUUCGGAGUCUCUUUUGGAAGGAAGAGAUGGAACUCACACUUGUGGGUCUCCAAUUUUCCGGAAAGACAACUUUCGUCAACGUUAUUGCGUCAGGUCAAUUUAGUGAAGACAUGAUUCCAACUGUUGGAUUUAACAUGAGAAAAAUUACGAAAGGUAACGUUACGAUUAAAGUUUGGGAUAUUGGGGGCCAACCAAGGUUUAGAUCAAUGUGGGAAAGAUAUUGUCGAGGUGUAAAUGCAAUUGUAUACAUGGUUGAUGCUGCUGAUCCUGAAAAAAUUGAAGCUUCAAGAAACGAAUUACACAAUCUUUUAGAUAAACCGCAAGUUGCUGGAAUUCCGGUUCUGGUUUUAGGGAAUAAAAGAGAUUUACCCCAUGCUUUAGAUGAAAACGGGUUAAUUGAAAGAAUGAAUUUAUCUGCAAUUCAAGAUAGGGAAAUCUGUUGUUAUUCAAUAUCGUGUAAAGAGAAAGAUAACAUCGAUAUAACACUGCAGUGGUUGAUUGCGCAUUCGAAAUCUGGGAUGCGUUAAAGGAAAAAAUUAACAAUUAUGCCUGUUUUAUGUUUUGUUUUUUAUUGGAUUAAUUAUUUUUUUGUGUAAUUGGUUUCCUCUCUUUGCUAUUAGAUUAAGUAAGCUAUUUAACACAAGAUAAAAAUAUUAAAAAUAAACUGUACAAGGUUA